AUGUGGCGGCCUGUGCAGCGUCGGCCCCCGCUUGCCUGGGCGCAUCUUCAAAUCGUCCAGUCUGUCCGAUGUCGGUCGGGCUUAUCGAUCAAUCGGCGUCACCUUUCCAGCUCCUCAUCGCGUUUUCCGACUUCUUCGCAAUUUGACAGGUCAGAUUUCACCAGUCAGCCAUACACAUCGAGCUAUGAGACUGGACUUCCGACCUCUGGACCUUUGGGGUCGACGCCGGCCUUUGGAGCUCCGCGCAUUACACCCAAGGUCCUGAAGCAGUAUCUCGAUCAGUAUGUCGUAGGACAGGACCGUGCAAAGAAAGUGCUGAGUGUCGCUGUCUACAACCAUUACCAGAGAGUACAGGAAGUGCAAAGACGGGAAGAGGAGGCGGAAGAACUCCUCAUGAAGCGACAACGGAGAGAGGCGUUGGAAGGUCACCCUUGGAAGGUAUGUGGUCAGCGCCUGAGUUGUAUUGAAUUGACUAUCUCACUGAUAUGGCUUCCUUUAGAGGAAUUCCCUGCUCAGCCACGCCCAGUCGGUCUCCCGUCUACCCCAAAGUCCCGCCAGGCCACUCUGCUAGACCAAACAGAGCUAGUCGACACAUCCCCACUACAGUUGGACAAGUCCAACAUUUUGCUGCUUGGUCCAUCUGGCGUUGGUAAGACACUGAUGGCAAAGACGCUCGCUCGAGUUUUAUCAGUACCUUUCAGUAUCUCAGAUUGCACACCUUUCACACAGGCUGGCUACAUCGGAGAAGAUGCGGAGACGUGUGUUCACCGACUUCUGGCCGCUGCGAACUAUGACGUCGAGCAAGCGGAACGAGGUAUUAUUGUUCUUGACGAGGUGGACAAAAUUGCGGCUGCAAAGGUUAGUCAUGGCAAGGAUGUCGGCGGCGAAGGAGUGCAGCAAGCGCUGCUAAAGAUCAUUGAGGGCACUACGAUCCAAGUGCAGGCCAAAAAUGAGAAGAACCCGCGCAGUAACAGCCCCCCGAACUCUUAUCCCUCCAACAGUCCGCUCGGAAACACACCGUUCCAGCCACACAAUAACAACCCCGCCGCCAGGGGCGAAGUGUACAACGUGCGUACGGAUAACAUACUGUUCGUGUUUUCUGGCGCCUUCGUCGGUCUACAAAAAGUGGUCAUGGACCGUAUCUCGCGUGGCUCGAUCGGCUUUGGUCAACCAGUUCGUGCAGCGUCAACCAUAGGUGAUAGCUCCAGUCUUCCAGAUGCUUCGCACAGCGAACCACUUCCCAUUCUCCCCGGUUCCGACGAAGAAGCACUUUACAAAAAGCACCUCCCCUUUUUUACCUCCGCAUCUCCAACGCCAGGCGGCGAGCCCACAUAUUUCAACGCACUUGACCUUAUAACCCCAGCGGACUUGCAAAGCUACGGCUUUAUCCCCGAGCUGAUUGGAAGGAUUCCCGUCACCGCCGCGCUCUCAACACUCACUCAACCCUUGCUUUUGCGCAUCCUUACCGAACCUCGCAAUUCUCUGCUCGCCCAAUACACGACUCUUUUCUCGCUCUCGGGUAUUGAGCUGCGCUUUACCACAGCAGCAUUGCACAGAAUUGCAGCGAACGCUUUCACAAUGGGCACGGGAGCUCGCGCCUUACGCACCGAGAUGGAAACUAUUCUCAGCGAUGCGAUGUUCGAAGCUCCCGGCUCCAGCGUCAAGUUCGUUCUCGUCACUCAGGCUGUAGCCGAGCGCAAGGAGAAGCCUAUUUAUCUCGCUCGUGGCCAAGGUGGGAAGUUCCAUGCUAUGAUCUCCGCUGAGGAGAGCGAGUGGGAAGAAAAGAUAAGGCGCGACAAGAAGGAUCAUAAAGACAAGGCCAAUGGCUAUGGUGGCAAUGAACAUACAAAAAAUUUCCAGGAGUAUCGGAAGCGGUCGGUAGGUUAA